AUGUCGUGUUCUCGCCGUGAUAUCGGGCUCCAGCCAGCAGUUGGAGCAUGUGGCGUUCGUCUCAAUAAGAGACAAGAGAAGCAGACACGAGGAAGCAGACACGAGAAAGCAGACACGAGGAAGAAGAAAUACGGGGAAGCAGAGACACGAGCAAGCAGAAACACGAGGAAGCAGAGACGAGAAAGCAGACCCACGAAAAAGCAGAAACACGAGAAAGCAGACACGAGAAAGCAGAAACACGAGAAAGCAGACACGAGAAAGCAGACACACGAGAAAGCAGACACACGAGAAAGCAGACAGAGAAAGCAGACACGAGAAAGCAGACACACGAGAAAGCAGACACGAGAAAGCAGACACGAGAAAGCAGAAACACGAGAAAGCAGACACGAGAAGCAGAGACACGAGAAAGCAGACACCGAGAAAGCAGAGACACGAGAAAGCAGAAACACGAGAAAGCAGACACGAGAAAGCAGACACACGAAGAAAGCAGAAACACGAGAAAGCAGACACAUGAGAAAGCAGACACGCGAGAAAGCAGACAUGAGAAAGCAGACACACGAAAAAGCAGACACACGAGAAAGCAGACAAGAGAAAGCAGACACACGAUAA